GUGCCUCACAGGGUAAUUGAGUCAUGAGGGGUGGAGAAGAGGGAGGGAGGUAGAGGAUAAAUAGCAGCUUUGCUUCUCUGGCUCCUCUCUGCAUCCUCCCCACCCUGCCAACAACAUGCACCUUGCCAGUUUGCUCAGCUCCUGCUCCCUCCUACUGCUCUGGGGGGCCCUUCCUGGAUGGGCGGCCAGUGAUGACCCCAUUGAGAAGGUCAUUGAAGGAAUCAACCGAGGGCUGAGCAAUGCAGAGAGAGAGGUGGGCAAGGCCCUGGAAGGCAUCAAUAAUGGAAUCACUCAUGCUGGAAGGGAAGUGGAGAAAGUUUUUAAUGGACUUAGCCACAUGGGGAGCCAAGCUGGCAAGGAGCUGGACAAGGGCGUCCAGGGGCUCAACAACGGCUUGGACAAGGUAGCCCAUGGGAUCAACAAUGGCAUCGGACAAGCAGGAAAGGAAGCAGAGAAGUUUGUCCAUGGGGUCAACAACGCUGCUGGACAGGGCACUCAUCCAGGCGUUUCCACCGGCCAGCACGGAGGGGGCGCAACCACAACAUUAACAUCUGGAGCCUCGGUCAACAAGGCCUUCCUCAACUUUCCAGCUCUGUGGCAGAGCGUCAUCGCCAUCAUUCCCUAAACUGAUGCACUGGCCUUACUCAGCAGACUGACUUUCCUGUUGUCAUACUAGCUGACAGGACCUGGAGGAGCUGGGGGUGGGGGGACAGAUUUCCUGAGUCUCGCAAGGGGUCUGUACUGGGAUUUGUGAAUAAAUACGACGCGCUUUUACUCUCA